CUGGGCAGAACACACCACUUUCAGCUCAGCUCCAUUACGCUCUUUCCACUUAGUAAAAACAUUUUAUUUACCCGAAAACGGCUUUUGGACCAAAAAGUAAACAAACAGCUUUCGAAUCCGCAAUUAAGUCUUUUUGAUUUACAUUGUUACUGUACCUCUCGGAAACGUCAGAAUCGGGAGUAGCCUAUUUAAGAGGAAGCGCUUUUCGCUCUCAAUUGUUUCAAUUUCUCUAUUUUCUCUCUAAAGGCAAACAAGGCGCUUUUCUUGUCAUACUCCAAACUACGUUGGCAUCGCUUAUGUGGCCUAUUUGUAUUUAAAGGCGACACUCCAUUACAACUGGAGACGUCCUCGCUGGUGGAAAACCUCACAACGCACGAUAACUUCGUUUGGAAACUUGAUGCACCGAUGAGAGAUCCCAUUUUCACGGGGACUGCUAUGGCUUACCACCCCUUCCACGCUCACCGGCCGACGGACUUCCCCAUGUCAGCGUUCCUGACGGCCGCUCAGCCCUCGUUCUUCCCCGGGCUGACGCUGCCUCCGGGAGCCCUCACCAAGCCGCUCCCGGACCACGCGCUGUCCGAAGCGGGGCUCCAUCCAGCUUUGACCCGUCACCAUCAGACGGCGCAUCUUCGCGCUCUGAAGAGCCUAGAGCCCGAAGAGGACGUCGAGGAUGACCCAAAAGUGACGCUGGAAGCCAAAGAUCUUUGGGACCAGUUUCACAAAUCUGGGACCGAGAUGGUUAUAACCAAAUCGGGAAGGAGAAUGUUUCCUCCUUUUAAAGCUCGAAUACAUGGUCUUGACAAAAAAGCCAAGUAUAUUUUGCUGUUGGAUAUUGUCGCUGCGGACGACUGCCGCUAUAAGUUCCAUAACUCCCGAUGGAUGGUAGCAGGGAAGGCCGACCCAGAGAUGCCCAAACGGAUGUAUAUUCACCCGGACAGUCCUGCCACGGGAGAGCAGUGGAUGACGAAGCCUGUUGCUUUUCAUAAACUCAAAUUGACCAACAAUAUAUCGGACAAGCAUGGAUUUACUAUCCUGAAUUCGAUGCAUAAAUACCAGCCCAGAUUUCACAUCGUACGAGCCAACGACAUUCUGAAGCUACCAUACAGCACUUUCAGAACCUACGUAUUUCCGGAGACAGAUUUCAUUGGCGUCACUGCUUAUCAAAAUGACAAGAUCACACAACUGAAAAUUGAUCACAACCCGUUUGCCAAAGGGUUCAGAGACACCGGAAAUGGGAGACGGGAAAAGAGGAAACAACUAACCCUUCCGUCAUUGCGUAUAUAUGAGGAUCAGUGCAAAGUCGACAUAGACGGCGGUGAAACAGACGCUUCCUCCAGUGAAUCCACACGAGGAAGAGACGCAUCCCCGCUGGGCUCAGUUUCCAGCUCAUUGCGGUUCAGCCGGCUCAGUCGAGAUGAAAAGAAGAGCCCUGACAGCGAUCAGGACUCGGAGGAGCAGGAGGAGAGCUGCUCAGGCCUGCGGUCUCCGUCUCCGCCCAGUCCCACCUGCGACGGGCUGAAGGACGGCCCGCGGUCUCCGGAGGAACCCGAGCGCCGGGAACCGCGGAAACAGAGCGACUCAAUAUUCAGCAGCAGGAACCCGGGGAAGGACAAGUCGGAAAGCAGACAUGGGAAAGAGACGGAGCCGUCCAGGAAAGACGCGCACAGCGGGGGCCCGGGCGGGCUGGCGGACGGCCUCUCCCCGCUCACCCUGCAGAUGGACGGGCCGUCGGCGCUCAGCGCCGCGCAGCUACAGAGCCUGGCCCUGCACGGCCAGCAGCUCCUCAGCCCCUUACACGCGGGCCACCCUCUGUUCAUCCACCCGGGGCAGUUCGCCAUGGCCCCCGGGACGUUCUCCGCCAUGGGCCUGGGGCAUUUCCUGGCCUCGGUGUCCGGAGCCGGCGCCCCGAGCCCUUUCCCCUUCCACCUGUCCCCCCACAUGCUGGCCUCUCAGGGUAUCCCUAUGGCAGCUUUCGGGGGGCUCUUCCCGUACCCCUACACCUACAUGGCGGCUGCAGCCUCCGCUCUCCCCUCCUGCAGCACCGCCUCCUCCGUCUCCAGGAGCCCCUUUCUGGGCAGCCCCCCGUGCCGCCUGCGCUUCAGCCCGUACCAGUUCCCCGCGUCCCUGCCCCACGCCGCUAACCCGCUGACGGGACCUCCAGGCAGCCUGAGCGCAGAGUCCUCCAGGCCCUGCAGCCGGGACGCCAGCCCCACGCCCAAGCACCACAGCCAGGGGAGCAGCUCCCCCAGAACCACCCUAAAAGAGUCUAUCAGCCAACUGCACGACAUGCAGAGACUGGUCAGCGGGCUUCAGCACGAGACGAACACCUCCCCUUCCAGCGACUCUCCCAUAUGAUCCAGGGGAAUUCUCAAAUUCUUGGCUUGGCUUGAGAUAUAUAUAUAAUAAUAUCAUUUGUUGAAACCUGAAGCUUUUAUCCAAAGUGACCGACAGGUGAUUUGAUUAAGCAGGGAACAAUCCCCCCUGGAGCAAUGUGGGGUUAAGGGCCUUGCUCAAGGGCCCAACUGCUGUGUGGAUCUUAUCAUGAUAUAAUAAGGACUUAAACCACCAACCUUCCGGGUCCCAGUCAUGUACCUUAGCCACUAGGCUGCAGCCUGCCCCACAAGUUCUGAGGAGCGGACGUUGCACUGCACACGCUGGCAGAUUGUUUCUGCUUGGGUGUACAAAAUGGCUGCCAGGAAGUUGAGGCAUUCUGGGUAAUUAAGUGGUACGUUUUCUAAAAUCCAUACAAAAUAAAUGUUUGAUCGCGACAUACCACGGCUGCAGUAAUAACCGUUUUAGAACUGAACACAGAAGGACAUGAUUUCAGGAGGCCUACAAACAAAAGGUCUGAGAAGUGAAGCCUUCCACACAAACGGCAAAGGUCGACGAGAUCAACGGGCAGAUUAUGGAAUAUGUUUUUUUCCUCCACUGUCUCGGCACCGCAGAAAUACAAUCAUGGAAGACACCUGGUCAAUCGAACGGGAACCCAGCUACAGAAAUAUGUUUAAAGGGAGACCAAAAGUUAUGCUACACUACGGUCAUUUCUUGAAUAGUUUGACAAUCACUUGAAAUAUCGGACGGACAAUAGCCUGCCAUUAGAACUAUUUAUGUUAUUAAAACAAACAGUAAUGUUGUAAAUAAGAUGCACGUAUCCCAGGAUAUGCAAAUUUGUAUUAAUUUAUUCAAAGCUGUACAUUGGCUUGUAUAUAAUAUUUAGAGUUUAACUCAUUUUGUUUUUUUUUCCAUUUUACACGAAGGUAUAUUAUGAAUGAAAACUAUUUAGCGCUUGUUGGGUUGACACAGAGGAAUAUUUCUGUGUCUGUGACGCAUUUGCUGUAUAUCCCGCUCGAGAUGCGUGAAGGAAAUGAUGCGUGUUAUUGUUGCAGACAUUACGAGCCGCUAUGCAGAAGGCUGCUGUGUCUCGCCCAGCUCAUGGUGCCACGAACACCUCAGGUCUUACUCCACUCCAGCACAGAAGAGCCGCGUUUUACGCCCCUCUUCAACGUGUCGGAAUCGUCCAUCGCUGGCUAUUCGAGUAAAUUCAAAUGUCCUAUUCCCUCACACUUUAAAUAAAAU